GGAUUAGUGAGAGUUUUGAUGUAUUGCAGUAGUGAUCCAACUUAGGUUUAGUGUUAGAGACCUGUCCUACUGAAGUUUUACAGGUGUACACGUGAAAACUGGCCUAUGGAGAAUGUCAUGCUGUAUGCUGUUUUACUUUCAAAUUUUAUUCAUGGCGUCAUUGGUGGAGAGUAUUGUGAGGUUUCGUCACAGAGUUUGACCGUUUCCCAAUACUGUGAAGUUGGCGGGUGCUGUAUCCCUAACAACGUACAGAAACUGGCUAAAGACUCCGAACUGUGCUGCAUCAAUUUUCUCAUCGUCAUUCUCAUCUGUAUAUUUGUUGGCCUCCCGAUCUUAAUCCUCACCGGCAUCUGUCUUGCCAUCGUUGUCAAACGAUGUGUAAAAAACCGGAAGCAGACGUCGCUUACAUCAUUAAACGGAACUGCGAACAGUCUACCUCAGUACCAGCCAAAACCACCUGACUACACGGCUAGUCCAGUAACAAGGACAGGCCCAGUCUAUUCCCCACACAGAGUCUGGCAGUCACGCCCGUCACUGGUACUUCCCGGAGCUAUUAGUCAAACAGUGACGUCACAACACGCGCAGCUAGUUCCAUCAGGUUCACGUGAUAACACAGACCAAUCAGACUUCCCUACGUCACCACCUCCGCCAUAUUCCUCGCGUGCUAGUGGACGUGUAUCAGCACUAGAAGCGCCAGUGUCGUCUGUGUCUUCAGUAACCCUAGACACAACAGACUUGUGCCGAAAUGGAUCGUCGUCUCCCAUAGCAAUGGUUGAUAUGAUAGAAACCGAAUGCGAGGCACCGGGUGAUAAUGAUCUAGCGUUCAUUUAGCUCUUAUAUUUAUACCGUAAAAUUAUAAUAUAAUCCUAUCACAUUUUGCGCCUCUCUUACUCACAAUACUAUGCUUAUGGGAAAUUAGGCAAACUUCGUUGCUAUGGGGAAUGUUCUUUCCCACUACAUUACCGCCUCAAAGAUAACUAUUGCUGUCUAUUUUUACCAUACUCAAUUGCUGCAUGAGCCGCAGGAAAGUCAACUGAUUGCGGUAAAUAAAAGAUUAUUAUGAUA